AUGGAGGCAGAGGACGAUAAGCUCGAACUGAUGUUCCAGAAAGCUGACUCUGUUCUGGAUUACAUUGAGUAUAGACUGGAAUAUGAACUCAAGACAAAACAUCCUGAUCCAGCAGGCCAGAACAACCAAUCAUUGGGUACUGUUGUGAAAAAUCCAGUUGCAGUCUUACAGGAUUUGUCUGCAAUAAAAUCUCGCUAUCGAACUUUAUAUGCACAUUUUAAAUCAGUUGCUGUUGAGCAGAAAGAGACAAAGAGCCACAUUUAUUAUGCUACUUUGAAUAAGACUAUGACCAUGAUACAAGAACUACAAAAGCAAACAGACCUGGAGCUGUCACCACUGACUGAGAGGAGAAAACUGAGAUAG